AUGCCAGGAGCUGCUGCAAGUGGCAGCCUCCUGCUGGGGCCAUGCCUAAUUCUACUUCUGGUUGUUUGGCCAGCGGUGGAGGCUUUUGUCAAUUCACCGAAAAUCAUCAGCAAAGAUGGCAACUUGAUCUUCGAAUCCGGUGCCAAUCGCAACAUUAGCUUUCGCCUGUCGGGCAACUCACGUCUGACCAUCAACGAGGAGUACGAUGUGCUCGAGCUGCUGCUGGCCAGCGCGGGCUCAAAGAAGCGACCCAACGGCAGCAACAAGGAUGAAUGGAGCUCGACCGAGGAUUUUGUUGAUAUCCGUGAGCUGGCAGACCAAUUAACAGACUUCCAGCGGCGUGCAUUUGGUGCGAAUGGACUCAAGAGCAUGCUGCAGCAGCAGCUGAACAGAACACGCGGCUCACGGGUUUUGCUGCGACGCUAUCAAAUCCGAUUGCGUGCCAUGGAGAACAAGGUGAAUCGACUGGAGACGCAGCUGGAGCUGAACAGCUGCCAGAGUGGACCCUGCGAGAAUGGCGGCAGCUGCUACAACACCUUCAGUGGCUAUCGCUGCCAGUGCCGGCCGUCCUUCGAGGGUGCCAAGUGCGAGAUUGAUGUGAACGAGUGCGCCCUGUAUGAGGGCACUGAUUUGGCCUGCCAGAACGGAGCCCAGUGCCUGAAUCAGUUUGGAUCCUACAGCUGUUUGUGUUUGCCGGGCUGGCAUGGAAUGCACUGCACCCAGCGGAAGGGUGACUGCACACAGGCCAGCGCCUGGGAGCUCUGUGGACAUGGCGCCUGUGUGCCCAGCUCCGAUGAGGCUGGCUACCGUUGCCUAUGCACGCCGGGCUGGAAGACCAACGGGCUGACGCCUGUCUGCGGUGAGGAUGUCGACGAGUGCAGUGACACGGCUGCCCACACGCCCUGCUCGACAAAGUGCAUCAAUCUGCCGGGCAGCUUCACGUGCGCACCUUGUGCCGCCGGCCUCACGGGCAACGGCAUCAGUUGCCGCGACCUAAACGAGUGCGAGACCAACAACGGUGGCUGCAGCCUCAAUCCGCGCGUGGACUGCCUCAACACCUACGGCUCCCAUCACUGCGGCGAGUGUCCCGUGGGCUGGACGGGCGAUGGGCGCACCUGCGAGCGUAACAGUCCGAGCAGCAGCGGCAGCAGCAGCAGCAGCAAUCCCGGCAACUCCGAGCUGGCCACCAUCAGCAGCUGCGCGCAGCGUGGCAGUAUCUGCCAUCCGGCGGCCAACUGUUUCGAGAUCUCCGGCACUGUUGUGUGCAGCUGUCCGAGCGGCAUGGUUGGCCCAGGCUAUGGUGCUAAUGGCUGUGUCAAUGGCACAGUCCUAAAUUGCAAAUCCAAUCCAUGUCUGAACAAUGGCAUCUGCUUGGAUGGUGGACCCUCGAACUUUACGUGCCUGUGCAACCGUGGAUUCCGGCCGCCACUCUGCGAGCCACUGCCCAAUCCGUGUGACGCGCAUCCCUGCAAGAAUGGAGGACGCUGCAAUCCCACGCUGUCGAGUGCAGAUGGUUUUGUGUGCCAGUGUCUGCCGGGCUACCGGGAUCGAUUGUGCGCCACGCGCUUUAGCAGCUGCAAUGCGCUGCUGAGCGCCGCGAGCGGUCGACUGAGGUAUCCGCCGGAGGGCAUCGGCUACGAGCACAAUGCCCAAUGUGCGUGGGUAAUCCGCACAAACGAGUCGCUGGUGCUGAAUGUCACAUUCAGCACCUUCGAUCUGGAGGACUCUACCGAAUGCCGCUUCGACUGGCUGCAGGUCAACGAUGGCCGCUCGGCGGCGGCACAGAUCAUCGGUCGCUACUGUGGCAACCAUUUGCCGCAUGGCGGCAACAUCAUCUCGUCGGGCAAUCAGCUGUACCUGUGGUUCCGCUCGGAUAACAGCACCUCACGCGAGGGCUUCGAUCUCAGCUGGGUGUCGAUGCAGCCGCAGUGCGGUGGCCGCCUCGAAUUCGAAUCGUACGGCACCUUGGCCUCGCCCGGAUCGCCGGGCAACUAUCCCAGGAAUCGGGACUGCCGCUGGCACCUGGUGGCACCCACCAGCAAACGCAUCAAGCUCACGUUCUUCAGUCUGCAGCUGGAGCAGCACACCAACUGCAAUUUCGACUAUGUCGAGAUCAGGGACUCCAUUUCGAAUCGAGAGCUGGCAAAGUUUUGCAGCAGCGGCCAACCCGCCCCACUGCUGCUGCCCACCCAUGAGGCCAUCAUUCAGUUCCAUUCGGAUGCCGAUGGCAGCGACUCGGGCUUUCAGCUGCACUAUUCAGUUGAGGAGCGUGUGCCGGGCUGCGGCGGCACCUACACCAGCCCGGAGGGCUCCAUACGCUCCAGCAGUCUGACCAGCGAUGUGGCCAUGUCCUGCGAGUACGAGAUACGCCUGGCCAUUGGCGAAUCGGUGGGCAUUGACUUUGUCGCCUUCGAAAUGGGUCGCCAGGAUUGCCUGGAGCUGUACGAUGUGACCGAGCUUGGCAGCAGCCUGCUGCAGGCCAAGCACUGUGGCGAAACGCCUGGCAUUCCGCCCAACUUCAGGUCUCUGUUCAACCGGGUGCGCAUCAAGGCGUACGCUGUCCGCGGACGCUUCGAGCUCCACUACCGGACACUCUGCUCCUACACAUUCGACAGUGACUCGGGCACUGUGCUCUCGCCCGGCUAUCCCAAUCUGACGACCAGCGACACGCUCUGCACCUACACAAUCAGCACGGCGCCCAAUAAGUUGAUCGUUCUGAAUCGACUUGACUUCCAGCUGAAGGAUGGUCUACAGACAAUCGAUGAUGUUGACGAGGACGACGCCUGUCUGGGCACCAGUUUGAGGAUCAACGCUGGCAUUAACCGCCAGAUACUGGGACCCUACUGUGGCACGCAUCUGCCGGAUGAGGAGUUUAUUAGCCGCACAAACCACUUGAUUCUGCAGCUGCAAACGGACAGAAAUAGUCGUGGACGUGGCUUCAAGUUCGAGUAUCAGACAGUGGCCGCUGCCAGCGAUCAUUGUGGCGGUGUCCACACCAAAGAGGGACGCAUCCGUCUGCCUGUGUCAGAGGGCGGCCACUAUGACAAUGAUCUCACUUGCUACUGGGUGAUUCAGGCGCCGGCACGCAAGGUCAUACGGCUGCACUGGAUGAGCUUUCAGCUGGAGUCGAGCAGCGAUUGUUCGUACGAUCGUGUGGAGAUUUUCGACAGCAUGGAUGCCUACAAGCCGGAUGCCAAGCCGCUGGUGCGCUACUGCUCCGCGGCUUUGCCGGAGGACUUUGUCACGCAGGCCCGCCUGCUGACCAUCAAGUUUGUGUCGGACUACAGCAGUGGCUAUGAUGGCUUCGAGGUGGAGUACAGCUUCGUGGACACCGACAGCUGUGGCGGCCACAUACACGCCUCCAGCGGCGAGCUGCUCUCACCCGGCUAUCCGAUGAACUACUCUGCGGAGCUCGACUGCGACUGGCAUCUGACGGUGGGCAUUGGCCAUCUGGUGGAGGUGCAGCUGGAGAUAUUCGAUCUGGAGAGCUCCGCAAACUGCAGCCGGGACUAUCUCGAGGUGCGCAAUGGCGGCGAUCUGGCCUCGCCGCUCAUCGGACGCUUCUGCGGCUCACGUAUUCCCACGCGCAUUCCCAGCUUCAGCAAUGAGCUGCGCCUGCACUUCCACACGGAUGCGGCCAUCAGUGGCCAUGGCUUUCGUCUGCGCUGGCGCGUCUUUGCCAGCGGCUGUGGCGGUCGCCUGAGCUCCAAUGAGGGCGUAAUAACCUCACCGCGUUAUCCCGGCAGCUAUCCGCACAAUGCGCACUGCGAGUGGCAGGUGCGCGUCCAUCCGGGCUCGGGUGUGCAGCUGCUCAUCGAGGACAUGGAGCUGGAGAGCUCCGAUGACUGCUCGUACGACAAUGUGAAGAUCUUUAUGGGUGCACGGCAUCCGGGCUAUGAGCCCAUGCUGAAAAUCUGCGACCUGCCAGAAGAGAGCCAACGCGUGGUGCGACUCGAUGACAACGAGGUGACGAUCGCCUUCAACUCUGACGUAAACAAUGCGAUGCGCGGCUUCCGCAUCUCCUAUACGACCAACUGUCGGCGCAAUGUCACAGCCACCUACGGCACCAUCGAGAGCUUGAACUUUAUGGAGCCAUACUGGGAUCAGGUGCCCAUCAAUUGCAGCUGGACGAUACGUGCGCCCAGCGGUAAUCGCAUUCGCCUUGAGGUCUCGCACCUGGAGCGGCAGGAGGAGCGUGUGCCCACAGCGCUACCUGGCGGCGUCUAUCUCAUUGACGGUGCCACUCUGUUGCCCCUGGUCGGGCCGGGUGCGCACAAUGCCAGCGGCGAUGUGCUGACCGUCGUGCACAAUGCCAGCAAUGUCAACUUCCAGCUGGAGUAUCGCAUCGAUGGCUGCCUGCAAGAGUUUCGCGCCGAGAGCGGCUCCUUUCAAUCACCCAACCAUCCGGGCAUGUACCCGAACAAUCUCGAAUGCUACUGGCUGAUCAACGUACAAAUGGGCGACACUAUUGAGCUGACUGUCAACAAUUUGGACCUCGAGGAGAGCGUCAAUUGCUCCAAGGACGCACUGACGGUGUCCAAUCAUAUGCACGAGGUGUUUGCCCACGAACGCCACUGUGGCUCCACCAGCCAGCUGAUCCUCACUAGUUCUGGCCAUCGCAUGCACAUACGAUUCAUCGCCGAUGGCGAGCACAAUGGACGCGGCUUUGAGGCCACCUAUCGCACAGUUCGAUCGACCUGCGGUGGCAAGUUGAGCGGUCGUAAUGGUGUCAUCCAAUCACCCAACUAUCCCAUGCCGUAUCCGGAGCAGAGUCAUUGCGAAUGGCUGGUGGAGGUGUCACCGCAUCAUCGCAUUGUCUUUGAUGUGCAGGACAUGGACAUCGAGUCUGGAUACGAUUGCUCCUGGGACUACCUCGAGGCGUUCGACACGAUAGGCGGCGACGAGGAUGCCGAGGGUCAGCAAAUCUUUAAGCUCUGCGACACCGGCGCCAGUCACAAACGAAUGUCCGCCUCGAACACGGCCAUUGUGAGGUUUGUGAGUGAUGAUUCCAUUUCGCGACCGGGUUUCAGGCUGCACUUCCAUGAGUCGUGCGGCCAACAGAUUACCAUCGAUGACACCGAUUUUGAGUAUCUCAGUUUGGAGCGACAGGCGCCACGCAACGAGACCUGUCUCUGGGUGCUGCAGGCCUCUGAUCCCGGCAAGCACAUUAUUUUAACGGCCACCAGCAUUAAGCUGCGCCCGGAGGUGGACAGUACGUACCCCCAGGAGGGUGACUGCAUGCCCGUUGGCGUUAAGGUGUACGACGGGCCCGAGGCUACGGGCACGCCGCGUCUUCAGUUCUGUCGCUCGCAUCCGCCGGCGAUAAUAUCGCAUGGCCAGUCGUUGACCAUCAGUCUGCCGCUGCUGCUGGUGGAGGAGUUUGAGGGACAUUUCAUGACCAUGGACACGGCCUGUGGCAGCGUGUACACGUCCAUUUCUGGCCGCUUCAGCAGUCCGUACUACCCGGACAGCUAUCCGCCCAAUAUCGAUUGCGUGUGGGUGCUGGUCGCCAGCGAGGGCAACUCCCUGAGCCUCACCAUCGAGUCGAUGGAUCUGGAGCAGUCCGAUGGCUGCAAUCGGGACUAUCUGGAGGUGCGCGAGCGCGAGCCCGGCCCACUCAUCGGUGUCUAUUGUGGCAAUCAGGUGCCCGGUGUCAUACACUCUCGCGGCUCCAUCUGGAUGAAGUUCAAGAGCGACGAUGACAACGUGGGCGAGGGGUUCAUGGCAUCCUACAAUUAUGAGCGACACAACGAGCUAAAUGGCACCGCUGGAGUGGUUACUUCACCGCAAUAUCCGAGUAAAUUCCAAACUUCCGAUCCGUACAGCUGGCGCAUUACCGUGGACAAGAACUAUGUGGUCAUGAUCACCAUAGAGCAUCUCAGGGACUUGGAUCAGCCGCAUUUGAGCUUCUACGAUGGCUACUCGGACAUUGGUGCUCGACUGGAGACUGAAGUGGGCGAUGCACCGAUCAGAUCCAGCACGAAUAUGGUUUACUUCACGGCCAGUCGGGGCCCCUUCAAGCUCAACUGGCAGCAGCUGUCCAAGGAGUCACUGCGCUCAAAUCGCACAGCCGAGGAGCAGACACGACACUGUGGCCAGCAGCUGCUCAGCCUCAACCAGACAAUGUUCACAUUGAAUUCGCCCGGCUAUCCCGGCGGCUAUGAGAAUGGCUUGCAGUGCGCAUGGACUCUGGUGCCGGUCAAUACGGCCAUGCACGCCGUCUUCCAGCUGGCCAAGCUCGACCUGGAGGUCUUUGGCUCUGGUGAGUGCAUCGCCGACUAUUUGCAGAUCUCGCAGAGCUCUGACAUGCAGACCUGGACGGAGCAGGCGAAACUCUGCGCGGAGCCGAACAACACAGCGACGCGUAUCUUCCAUGGCAAUCCCUACCUCAAGGUGGAGUUCAUCACGGAUGCCAGCGUCAAUCAGACGGGCUUCAAUGGUUUGGUGCGCACGGAAUGCGGCUCAGAGCUGUCCGCCUCCAGGGGCGUGAUAAACAUCACCGAUUCGGUCCGUGGCAGCCCCCUGAGGCCACAGGAGUGCGUGUGGAAGUUGCGCGUGCGUCAGGGUCGUCGCAUUCGCAUCGACUUUCCCGAGUUUCAGCUGGACAAUGCGAACGGUGCGUCUCCGGCUCCUCCCUUUGGCAGCGGACAGCUGUGCGGCACCUUCCUGAUGGUGCGGAACGGCGAUGCGGCAGACUCACCCUUCCUGGGCAGGGGCAAGUAUUGCGACAGCGGCAACACCGAUGUGCUGGAGACCACAUCGAAUAGGGCGUACAUCAAGUUCCGCUAUCAGGGAUAUCCCCGCUUCAGGGUCACCUUCCGCUUCGAGGAGCUGGGCCAUGCCUGCUCCGGCCGCAUUGUGCUGGGUCCCGCCGCUGGCGAGCAGCAGGUCAUCACCUCGCCCAACUAUCCCAAUCUGCCCAAUCCGCACUCGGAGUGCGUGUGGCUAAUCUCUGCGCCGCCACAGCACAGGAUCUCUGUGCAGUUCUUCGGCAACUUCGAUCUGACGGCAGCCACGGGGGCAGCGGGCGAUUCUGCCCAAUGUGAUCGCGAGUUCAUCCAAAUGAACGAUGGCAGCACGGAGCUGAAGCCCGAGCUGGGACGUUUCUGUGGCAAUCGCAAACCGAACACGAUAUACUCCUCGGGCAGCCAGCUAAGGAUACGCUACUACACGGAGGUGCCAGAGCCGCUGCACGGCUUCCAGGCUCGCCUCAGCAUUGCCCGCUGCGGCGGCAGCUACUUCAGUCCCGAGGGAGAGUUCAGUUCGCCGACGCCCGAACAGCUGCAGCUGCACACGGACCAGGGCAUGACCUUGGAGGAGUGCGUAUACACCAUCGAGGUGGAGAAGGGCAACACCAUUGAGCUGGAGAGCGAGCGGCUGCAGCUGCCGGCCCAGGUGGCUGGCAACUGCUCUCAGCAUACGCACGUGCGGCUGGAGGAGAUCGAGGCGUACGGCUUGGAGGGUGAGGAGCGCAUCAUUGACACAUUGCUGGUGUGCGGCACACACGACAGACGACUGCUGGUGGAGACCAACAAGAUUGUGGUGCGACUGCGACUGAUCGAUGGCAAUCUGAAGGACAAUGAGGGCUUCCGCUUCCGCUACAAGGCAAUCGGUUCGCGAUGCGGCGAGAAGAUCGAGGCCAUGCAGGGAGUGCUGCAGUCGCCGGGCUAUCCAGAUGGCGUCACCCAUCCGAUGCACUGUGUGUGGCGCCUGGAGGUGCCCAAGGGACGGCGCGUACGCGUCGAGAUACUCGACUUUGAUACGGGCGGAGGGACAACGGCACGCGGUUCGCCCGUCUUUCGGGGCCGCCUCACCUUUGCCAAUGAUCACAAAAUGCAGUCCAUUCUGGGUCGAUACACCGGUGACCCACCCGCCGAGAUAAUCUCCUCGGACAACACAAUGGGCAUCGAUGCCUUCCUGCUGCCCUUUAGCCGUCAUCGCGGCUUCAAGCUGCGCUUCAGCGCCCACGGAGUGAGCGAGUGCCGGCGCCUGAAUCUGCUCGAGGGCGGGCCCUGGGAAACGCUCAACUUUGAGCGGCCCAAUCUGACCAGCCUGGUGCACUGCAGCUACAACCUGACGCCACCGCCCAACUCCACACUGCUCAUCCAGGUGCUGAAGUAUAACACCAGCUCCGUGAUCAUGAGGAACCAGCACAUCUGCGGUCUGCUAUCGCCCCUCAAGCUGUCCCGCCUGGAGCAGUCUGAGCCGCUGCUGUCGCACAUUCUCUGCGGAUUCGAGAGCAUUGCCCCGGGUGACAAUCUGCCCACAGUUCGCGUGCCCUUCCCCAUUCAGAUGACCGUCUCGGCCAGCGUGCGCAACGAGCUGAGGCAGCUGCGGCUUGGCUACAGCAUGCAGUCGUGUGGCGGCAUUUGGCCCCUGGAGCCGGGCGAUAAUCUGACCAUCCGCGAGCCCUUUGGCAUGCGUAAUGUGGAGGGUGCCAUCGACUGUGCCUGGGCCAUUGGACCAGACAUGGAUGCGAGCGGAGAGGAUGGACCAUCGUCUCAGGUGUCGGACAUUCAGCUGGAGGUGUCGCUCACAGUGAAUCUACCAAAUGCAGCUGGAGCUGGAGCUGGAGCUGGAGGAGCAGGCGACUGUCAUAAGCAGUUCCUGAAGGUGUACAACGGCCCGGACCAGAACUCUCCAUCGCUGGGCACGUACUGUGACCAGGCAUCGGCCGUGAAUCUGGUGGUGGAGCGUGGACUGUUCCUGGAGUACCAUGCGGAUCGGUACGAGGCCAACUCCACCUUCAAUGUGUCCAUCAAGUACGGCUCGGGAUGCGGCGGGAAGCUCAGCUAUCCGUAUCGGCAUGUCGAAUUCAGCGAGCAGUACAAGAACAAUGUGGAGUGCGUGUGGGAGGUGGAAUCAUCGCCGGGCUAUCACAUUGGACUCUCCUUCCAGUCGCGCUUCUACAUCGAGGACAGCACCGGCUGCACCAAGGACUAUCUGCUGGUGCAACAGCGCAACGAUUCCGCUGGCAAUUGGACCGAUCUGCAGAGGAUUUGUGGCCGUGCACCGCCGCAGCAGAUCAACACCACAACGCCCUUUAUGCGGCUCAUCUUUCGCUCCGAUGGCGAUGUGGUUGGCGACGGAUUCGUGGCCAAAUUCGAGCGCAACUGUGGCGGCACUCUCUAUGCCACAGACGACGAACAGGAGCUGACCAGCCCCGGCUACCCGGGCUAUGAGCAUAACCUCAAGUGCAGCUGGACAUUCGUGCCGCGGGAUCCGCACGCCGCUGGCGUUCUGGUCAGCUUCCUGCAGUUUGACCUGGAGCAGGCGCCCAUAAAUGUCUGUCCAUUCGACAACGUCACCGUGGUCAGCCGAGAUGGCGGCGAUCACGUGCAGCAGGCCACCAUAUGCGGUGUGAAGCACAAUCACGAGUACCGGGCCAAGCAGUCCAUCGAUCUGACACUGCGCACGGACAGCAGCUACAACGGUCGCGGCUUCCGGCUGGUGUACAGCACCCGGCUAUGCGGUGGCGUCAUCAGCGAGACGGGAGCGGUGGCCUCGCCCCGGCAGCACACGGACAACAUGCUGCCGCCGAGCAGCGACUGCUACUGGAAUCUGACAGCGCCGGAGGGCCACAAGUUCACCAUCCGGUUUGAGCUCAUCGACUUUGAGGCGCACUCCAACUGCGCCUACGACGGUGUGGAAGUCUUUGCUGGGGCGGUGCCGAAUGAGAGGAUGCGUGCGGGACGCUUCUGUGGGCGCAUCACCGAAGAUUUGCCCACGAUCAGCAUUGGCAGCCAACGUGCUCUGAUCCACAGUUUCUCCGAUGAACGUGAUCCCUCGCGAGGAUUCCGUGCGCUGGUGCGCGUGCUGCGCAACUGCGACGAGCAUAUCCGGAUCAACGGCUCCAGCAGGUAUGUGUUCAGCAAGUUCCAUAGCCAGGAGGGCUACGAGCACAAUCUGGACUGCAACAUUGUGUUCAAUGCGCCGGCCGAUCAGCAGCUCAGCUUGGAGUUCCCCACCUUCCAUGUGGAGCAGGGCGACGACUGCGGCAAGGACUUUGUUGAGCUGCGCGACGGGGCCGGACCCUUUUCGGAGCUCAUUGGCAAGUUCUGCGGCCAGGAUCAGCCGCCAACCAUCACCACAUCCCGUCACACACUCUUCCUGCGCUUUUUCACAAAUUCCGCCAUCAAUGACGCCGGCUUCGAGCUGACCGUCAGCAGCAAGCCGCGGCUGUGCGGCAGUCCGGAGAUCAAGCUGGAAUCCGCCGGUCUCAAGCAGACCACACUCAGCUCUCCCUCCACGGAAUCCGGCGGCAACUACGACAACGGUGUCGCUUGCUUCUGGAAGAUUGUUGGCGAUGCGGCUCUGAAUCUGCAGUUCAUCAGCUUCGAUUUGGAGGGGCCCGAUGCCAAUGGCAGCUGCGUCGCCGACUAUCUGAAAAUCUACAACACUGAGGAUGCGCUCAUGGUGGAGCAGGGCUAUGGCAGUGAGCUUAUUUUCAACGGUCACACAUCCGGCAGCAACAUGAUGAAUUAUGCCACGGAGCAUGUGUACUGCGGUGCCGGCAAGCCGGACACGUACUAUGCGAAUGCGCACGAGGUGUAUGUAAAGUUCCGCACAAAUGGUGCGGUGACACGACCCGGCUUCCAGAUCCGUGUGUCCCUGGAUUCGGACUGUCAGCGCCACUACAGUGGGCUGCAGGGACGAGUGCGGCUGUCGGAAACGUCGGACUGCGACGUCUAUAUACGGGCGCCAGCCAACUACACGCUCAGCUUGUACCAGGCGGAGCUGGUGUUCGGUUCAUUUGACUGCGAUCAGGAGAACAUGCAGGUGUUCGACAGGAACAACCAGUCGCUGCAGCGCAUCUGCUCCUACGUGGAUGCGGGCAAGAGUCUCUUUAGCCAGACGAACGAGCUGCGACUGCAUAUUAAGACGGGCUCGUACCUGAGCACACUGGACCUGACCUUCCUGGCCAGCCCCGUCGAGGCGGGACCCGGUUGCGGCGGCCAGCUCUACAAUACCGAGGGCAUCUUCACCAACCCCUUCUAUCCGGAGAAUGUGCGCAACAACUCCGACUGUCGCUGGACAAUCCAAGUGCCCAGCAACAACCGCGUGCUCCUAUUCUUUGAGACCUUCGACCUGGGCUCGAGAAGCACCUGCCACACAGACUAUCUGCAGAUCCUGGAGAAGCAAGCGGGCAGUGGCGAGGAACGAGAGAUGCGACGAUUCUGCGGCGAUGACGCCCCGCGUGUCUACAAGAGCGAUAGUAGCAAACUUGUCGUCCGAUUCCAUAAGACUGUAAAUUACGACGGUGUCGGUUGGGUCAUCAAGUUUUCCAGUGUCUAUUCCAAUUACCAGAUACCCGCAUAUAUGCUUUAAUCACAUUAUAUUAUUUAGUUAUCCAAUUUCAACAGUUCAAGAAAGGUUUUAAGAUGUUUUUAUAAAGCUCACAAAAAUUGCUCCAAAUCUGUUUGCUAUAUAAUAAAGUUCUCAUCGGUAUGAUCAA